AUGUCUCAAUUUACUGUCAAUUACGAUGCUAUUCUUUUCCCUUCUGACGGUCGGCCACCCUCAAUCGUCCAACUUAUGACUAGCCCUAUGGACUCUAACGCUUCCCCCCCUUCUCGUAUGCCUCACCCAGAGGUCUAUAUGGAUUAUAUAGCCGAAGGCUAUGGCUCCAGAGCUUGGAGAUACCAGCUCAUCGAAGCGCUCGACGGCAUGAACCGCACAUUCGCCCUCCCGUACAUCAUUUUCUAUCCUACAGUCUCUCGAGACAAUAUGCCAUUCCCUAUCAAUAGAACUAUCCGUGAAAUUCAAGGAGGUUCUUUCAGAGCCGAGCAUGCAUGGCGCGGUAACAUCAUCGUAGCAAGAUAUACGGGCAAUAUGCCGUUUUCCUGUAUGGUCGAUGCCGCCAUGUCGGAUUUCCCAUUAGUCAAGAACUAUUUUAUCACCCAUGGGGCGCCUCCACAGGCUUAA